ACGCUCAAAGGAAGGAUCAGGAACAAAUGUGAAAAAGGCGACAAAGAAGCAAACAAUACAUAAAAGCUUUAUUACUUUAUUCAUUUCUUACUUGAAGUACAGUAGAACUCUUAUAAUCAGACUCCAAUCUUCUGCAUUAUCUGAGCGAACAGAAUCAUUCUAAACAAGCUUAAUAUCUUGAAAAGUUUGUAUCUAGUUUCAUCUUCACUCGUCAAUAAUGAAGACAAUGCUCAUUGCUUUUCUUCUGGGACUCUUCGUCUCCAAUGUAGUUUCUAAUCGUCCAGAAUUAUGUGGUUUCUCUACUGAAGCUCAAAAUACUUAUUGGGAUUGUGUCGAAUCAAAAAUGACUGAGGACCAAAUUAAAACAACUUCAUCUUUUCUCACUUGCGUUAACAAGGAUUCAGCAGUAGAGCUCAUUAAUUACUUUUGUAACAUGAAUCCCGAUGAGCCGGAUCUCUUCCAACCAAUUUUCUCUAGAUGCUUGAAAUUAUUUCCAGCUAGCUUUAACACUGCAGAUGAAGAGUGCUUGACAAAAGCAUCCCAAUAAAUCCAUCAAUAAAAAAUAAAAUUUUUCUGCAUUUAACUCGCUUCAAGUUUAUUAAUUGAAGAUAAUCAUUUAUUACUAUUUUUAUUCUUCUUUAAAUAAUUGAAUAUAAUUCUUAUGUAUUUUAAAUUCAUUCCAAUGAAUAUA